AUGGACACCAUUGCCCAGCGUUCCAACGAGCGUCUUCAGCUUCUUGCUGGCAUUUCUUCCUUUCCUCUUAGCGAAAUGGUGGUCGCUCCUACAGAGUCAACUCAGGAUGCGCAGGGAGAUUUUGGCGAGGCCGCAGUGCCCUCCUUCGAGAGUUGUCCUUUAUUCGCUGCCCUACAUAUGUCUUGGAAAUAUCAAAUGAACUCCAGGAUACCAUCGCGCCUUGGAGCUUCAUCUGCUAGAAGCAACGGAGGCUGGAAAGCUCACAUGAGCAAGAUGCGCGUCCCGGCAGUGCUGACCGCGGCUCUCUUGGCGGCGUCGCUGGAAGCUGCUCCUGCGCCGGAACCCGCGCUCGGGGUGGGGGCCGUCCUGGGCGCCCUUGCGUUCGGAGGGGUGAGGAGAGAGUCUCUGUUUUCAUCUUUCUCUAUUCCUGUAUAUUUUCUUCUAGUAUUUCCUUUCCCUCUUUGUCCUCUCCUAUCUCCUUCCUUCCGUCUUUCUCCCUCUCUCUCCUCAUCUCCCCCCUUACCCACCCAUGCCCAGCCUGUCCCUCUCCUCCAGGGCCUCCUGCUGGGCGCGAAGGCCUUCGGCGGCGGCUAUGGCUACGGCGGGGGCUGCUACAGCUGCGGCUGCGGCGGCUGCGGCGGGCACUGCGGCUGGUGCGGCGGCUACUACGGCGGGGGCCACGGGCACGGCUACGGCUACGGAAGGAGGCGCAGGAGUGUAGACGACUUCGUGGACGACGAAUUGGUGCAGUCGGUCUACCGGAAGGCCUCCGAAGAGGACGCCGAGGGCUGCGGCCUCCGCCUGGUGUGCGAGCUGGCGCAGAAGGACCCGCGGGAGCUCGCCCAGGACGAGGUACAGAUCCUCCUGCCUUUCCGCGGCCUGGGGCAGAGCGACGGAAGUGCCUACGGCGACUACGACGAGGCGGCGUGGCACGGGCAAGAGGGCCAUUCGUGCCAAGACCAGUAUGACGAAUGCCACCUCAGCAACCCCCAGAUGAUGGGGAUUCUGCGCCAGAUGGGGAAUUUUACCAUUACUCUGUAGAGAGACAGAGAGCAAGAGAGAAAGCAAUGACAGAGAGGGGCAGAGAGACAGCACAUUUUACCAUUACUUUGUAGAGAUGGAGAGACAUGGAGGGCAAGGGAGAGAGACAGAGUGACAGAGAAAGAUACAGAGACAGAGGAGCAGAGAGAAAAACAGAAUGAGACUUUAGGGGGAAGAUAGUGGCGCAAGAAGGGGGGCAGGGAGACACAGAGACGGGGGAAGAAAGGUGGGAGAGAAGGAAACUGGGAAGAAGGAAAGGAGAGGGAAAAGAGGUAGAGAAGGGGAAGAAAAAAAGGGAAGGAGAUAGAUAAGGGAGGAAGGAAGAAGAAGGGGAAGGUAGGAAAGAAAGAGAAAAGGAGGAGAAAACUCCACAGUUAUGUUAUUUUCAGGUAUAUCAAUAAUCAAACAUAAUAUUUGGUAUCUCUCAUUUACUUGCUGCUUUUUUUCCAGUUAAUUCAGUCAUUUACUGUCUAGAUUCUAAUCGUGUACUUAAAUUAUUUAUUAAUCUUACCUGAGAAGACUUAUGACGUCACUGAACCUACUUAUUACGUCACGCACCCUACUUGUGACGUCAGCAACUUGACUGUCGACUUGCAUGAAAACCGUAAUCAUAACUUCAUCACAG